GGACAGGGACGGCGCCAGCCAGUUCAGAAGGCCUCCUUCGCCCCAGAUCCCCGAGGACGGCCCCGGAAAGGGCGUGGAAGGCAGCGGGAGCGCUGCGGGGCAGGGGCAGGUGUUCACAGUGCCAUCGACGGGCACUCAGCCGCCGGGCUCGCGUCGGACUCGGGCUGAGCCGAGCCUCCGACGCUUCUAGAGCAGCUGCCCUGCCGCAGCCCCGGCUGCAGAGAAGCUCUGACUCGACUCCCCCAUCCCCGCCUCACCCACCACAACGACCUGCUGAGGUCCACCCCGCCCCCCUCCGGCUCCCGCUACCCUGCAGGCCAGUUAAGCGUCUCCUCGCUGUGCAUCAAGACCUGUGCAGCGGGGCGUGGAUUCUGAGAGCCCCCACAGGCUCCGCUGGCCGCGUCCCCACCGACCCCGCGACCCGCGCGGCGCCUCGGCUGGGUGCGCAGCGGUGUUGGGGACCCUCGGCAGCCGUUUGGGGUCCGACGGUCGCCGUGUUCAAAGUGCACCCUCGGAAGGGAUUCUGUGACGUGAAAUGGCAGAUCCUGAGCCUGUCAUAAGUAGCUGCAGCUCUCGUGAAGAGGAAAAUCGCUGCACUUUUAACCAGCACACAUGUCCCUCUGAGGAGCGUCUAUUAGAAGACCAGAUGAGGCGAAAACUCAAAUUUUUUUUCAUGACUCCUUGUGAGAAGUUCUGGACUCGAGGUCGAAAACCAUGGAAACUUGCCAUGCAAGUUCUAAAAAUUGCGAUGGUGACUAUCCAGCUGAUCUUUUUCGGGCUAAGUAACCAGAUGGUGGUAGCUUUCAAGGAAGAGAACACGAUAGCAUUUAAACACCUCUUUCUAAAGGGCUAUGUGGAGAUGGAUGACACAUAUGCCGUGUACACCCAAAGCGACGUAUACGAUCGGAUCGUCUUCGCAGUGAACCAGUACUUGCAGCUACGCAGCAUCUCGGUUGGGAACCACGCUUACGAGAACAAGGGCGCGGAGCAGUCGGCCAUGGCGAUCUGUUGGCACUUCUACAAGCAAGGAAACAUCUGUCCUGGAAAUGACACCUUUGACGUUGAUCCAGAAGUAAAAACUGAAUGUUUCUUUGUUGAGCCGGAUGAAGCUGUUGACACUGGAACACUGGAGGAGAAUAAGCUCAACUUAACCCUUGACUUUCACAGACUCCUAACGGUGGAGCUGCAGUUUAAACUCAAGGCCAUUAAUCUGCAGACGAUUCGCCAUCACGAACUCCCUGACUGUUAUGACUUCACCCUGACCAUAACAUUUGACAACAGAGCCCACAGUGGAAGAAUUAAGAUAAGUUUAGAAAAUGACAUUUCCAUCAGGGAAUGUAAAGACUGGCAUGUAUCUGGAUCAAUUCAGAAGAACACGCGCUACAUGAUGAUCUUCGACGCCUUCGUUCUUCUGACCUGCUUGGCUUCCUUGACCCUGUGCGCGCGGUCUGUGGUGAGGGGCCUCCAGCUUCAGCAGGAAUUUGCCAACUUUUUCCUCCUUCACUAUAAGAAGGAAGUUUCUGUUUCGGACCGAAUGGAAUUCGUCAAUGGAUGGUACAUUAUGAUAAUUAUUAGUGACAUAUUGACAGUCAUUGGAUCAAUUCUGAAAAUGGAAAUCCAAGCUAAGAGUCUGAUGAGCUAUGGUGUCUGCAGUAUACUUCUCGGGGCUUCUACGCUGCUCGUGUGGCUUGGAGCUCUGCGAUACCUCAGCUUCUUUCCAAAGUACAAUCUCCUCAUUCUGACCCUUCAGGCAGCGCUGCCCAGCGUCAUCAGGUUUUGCUGCUGUGCGGCUAUGAUUUAUCUAGGCUAUUGCUUCUGCGGAUGGAUCGUGUUGGGACCUUACCAUGAUAAGUUCCGUUCUCUGAAUGUGGUUUCCGAGUGCCUUUUCUCACUGAUAAAUGGAGAUGAUAUGUUUGCCACUUUUGCAAAAAUGCAGCAAAAAAGUUACUUGGUCUGGCUGUUUAGCAGAAUUUACCUCUACUCAUUCAUCAGCCUCUUUAUAUACAUGAUCUUAAGUCUUUUCAUCGCACUGAUCACUGAUACAUACGAAACAAUUAAGCAUUACCAAGAGGAUGGGUUCCCGGAGACUGAACUCCGCACGUUUAUAUCCGAGUGCAAAGAUGAGCCCAAGUCGGGAGAGGACCGAUUAGAAGAUGGCCCUCCAGUGUCGACGGGAAGGCUGUCCCCUUGAGUGUGGACAUACCUGCUACCUGCCAAUCUAGGGCAGCCUGAUCCUUGCUUCCUCUUGUGGUGCCGGAGGAGUGGGGCGGGUUGGGAAUUACACCUGGGCAAGUCCUGAAGGCCAAGCCCCAUGGGCUCACCCUGCCUGAGCCGUCCCCCUUGGUGUCUGUGAUCAGAGCUCAACCUGCAGAUGGGGAAAUGCUUUAGGAUGGAAUAGAAACGGGUCCAGACGUGCCGAGGGAAGUGGGGGUCAUUUGCAAGGAAAGUUAGACACUCCGCGUUGCUGAUACUGACGGACCUGGGGCGUGGCCCCCGGGAAGCCAGCAGGGAGUACGGGUGGAAUGGGGAAGAGUGUGGCAGUGAGACAGCCCUGCAACCUAAUCCUUCCCGGAAAAGGGUGGGGACGGAACAGCUUCAGGGGACCUGGGGACCUUUCACUCUGGGGUCCACCUGCUUCAGGGGAUUCCUUCCAGGUCCUUACCUGGGAAGGACAUCUUACAGCCCCUCACCAGGCAGCUCUUUACGUAAAUGGGGUGGGGCAUCCUGGCCCUUAUAGGCCGGGGACUUCUGAGCCAUGAACAGCUGGCCAGCAGAUUAUGUGCCACCUAGGUGGUCUUCGGCCACCAUGGAUUCACCCAGGACAUCCAGCCGUACAUCGACGUCAGCAUCUGGGCUCUGGGGUUGGAUCAUGCACAUGCCCUGAUCCCCUCCCAGGAGUCCAUCAGGAAGAUGGACCGGGCCCCCGAGAUGGCAGGGAGAGAACUUGCUGGGCCGUGUCUCAGGAAUCGCUCGGGCGGAAACCUGGAGAGCAGCCUGGGCACUUGGUUGUGCAUUUACAGUUUUCUUUUGUAUUUGAAGUUGGAGUUGGUAGCCCUGUUGCCCAUCGGUGGCUUUUGCACCUCAGGUCUCAGCACACAGUACAGAGAAGGCAAACAUUUCCAACUUAGUGGACAAUAUUUUCCAAGUAAUUAAGUGCAGGAUUUGGGAUCAGUGUGGAGCGGGUCGUUGUUUAUUUGGUCCACUUGCUUUUUCCACUGGAGAACAGGUCAAAGUCUACUGCUGCCAUGGCGGCCUCAACAACGAGAGACAGUGAAGGGGCAACACAGUGAAGAUGGUCUCGCGUCCCUCAGGGUUGGGGUAGGUUGGGGUUUAGGGCUUGGGGUAGGGAGCAGUUAGGACCCGUUGCAACAUGCAAAACAAAACCGUUAACAAUGUCUCUCGUCACGUGGUGGUCAGAACCCAAAAGUCAGCUGGGAGCUUCUUGUAAUGCAGCCCAGGCUCCCACGAGGACAGACCAGAAGAGACCUGACGCCACCAUCCCAGGUCCCCACUGGAGCUUCCAUCCUGUUGGCGACUAAAAUGACUCAUACACGUGCACUAGAUGCACAAGGAGGCCAACUGAAACCAUUUGCUAGGUACCGUUGUAAUCUUAAUUGUCCUGUCAUCACAGCAGAUUGUUACAUGGUACGUAAAAUCAACAAUCCUUUCCUAGCCGUAAAACUAUGGGUCAUCAGUGGUACUGAAGCUGCAGAUACACAGAUUCUGAAAAUUUAAAUUUUGACUCGUCUAUAAUCCCCACAUCUUCCCCCAUAAAACUGGAAAAAUUGUGGCUAAAAAAAGUCAACAAAUGAA